AUGCAUGAUCGGCCAACAGCUCUAGAUUCCGUUCCAAUCUCUUCUCUGAUUCUCAUGUUACCUCAACUCUUCCCCACGCCCACCUCUCCUCGCCAUCCUUGGUUCGUUCCCAAACCUCAGGCUUGGCUGGACAGCCUACAGCUUUGGAAUUUCUUCCCAAUGGAGUCGCUGCCGGCAGUGGAGUGGGAGGAGGCCCCCCCACGGCCGGGGUGCAUUCUGACUCUCGACUCGCGCUACAGCCCUGAGGGCGUGCAGGCCGUGGAGGCGGCUGUAGCGCGGCUGCUGAGGGAGCUGGGGGUGGCAGCGGAAGAGGUGGGGGAAGGGGAGAGAGUGGGAGACGUAAGAGGGGGGAAAGGGAUAGGCGGAGAGGGGAUAAGGGGAGAGGGGGCCGGAGAGUGGGAGGGAAGGUUGCAUGGAGGAUUGAGGGGGAGGCGGCUGAAGGGAGAAGAGGAAGGCACGGGGGAAAGGGAGGGGGAAGGGGGGCUAAACGGGGAGGGCAAGAAGGCGGAGAGGGGAAAGGGGGAGGGCGAUGGUGAGGGGAACGUGGAGGGUAAGGACGAGGGGAAAGGGGAGGGGAAGGAUGAAGAUGAUGACUCGAAGGUGAAGGAAGAAGGGGGAGGGAGGGGCGGGGAGGCGAUGCCAGAGGCGUGGGGGCGGUUGUACGAGGCAUUGCCCAAGGUGGUGGACGCGGAGGGGCACGAGAACAUGUGGAAAUUCCCCAUCUGGGUUGUACGCGCGGCGCCACGGGUACCGGAUGGUGACGGAGAACGGAUCCAAGUACACUCCGGAUCGACAUCCAUCAUGGUUCAAGGUGCCGUUGCUACAGGAGCAGCUGGCGUGUUGCUGCGAGUGGGCUUUCUUCCUCGACUCAGAUGCCUACAUGCGCAUGCACCACCACACCCUCUCCAUCCCCGCCUGGGUCCAAGCCAUCAAGCACCCUGUGAGUUUUGA